AUGGGUAGCAUCAAACGCACCAAGACCAAACGUCGCACCCGCGACCUUGAUCUAGUCAAAGCCGACCUCAAAUCACCCCGGCAUCUCGCUUUACACAAGGGCCUUAAAGCCUCCGAGGACCUGCCCGGACUGGGCGCCUUCUAUUGUGUCGAAUGCGCCAAAUAUUUCUCAGACAGCCACAAUCUGAACGAGCAUAGGAGAGGGAAGAAUCACAAGAGACGGUACAUGCCAUCCUUUGACGCCAUGAAGCGACCUGACUGUGGAAUAGUGUCCGAAUGCUCAAGGAGGAGGUACACACCCAAAGACUUGCAGAUGCAGCCGUAG